CCCUCAGACCCAGGAGUCCAGGCCCCCAGCCCCUCCUCCCUCAGACCCAGGAGUCCAGGCCCCCAGCCCCUCCUCCCUCAGACCCAGGAGUCCAGGCUCCAGCCCCUUCUCCCUCUAAUGCAGGUGUCUGAGUUUCCAACCCCCUUUUCCCUCAGAUGCAGGACUUCUAGCCCAGAGACUGUCCCAGGGAGCUGAGACUCCCUCCUCACUGUGCUGCAAAGCUGAGUGGAUGAGUUGGGGUGCACUAGGGAUUAUGGUCCCAACCCAGCCCCCCAUUCCGGCUUCCUCUUCUUGGAAGCCAAGUUUUCUCCCAGUCACUGGGGAAUGGUGGGGGGAAUCAAUGUGGAAGCUUCAGGAUCUCCAUUUGGCCGACUCCUUCCCACCAUUCUCUAACCUCUGUUCACAGAAGGGAAACAAAUCUAGGAGGGAAAUGCGGGCUCCCUGCCCAGGAGCUACCAUUACAGUCUCCAAGCAGCUCUGGCCCACCAGUCCCUCAAACUCAGCAGGGGCCCACAUGGCCUGUCCCCUUCCCUGUUUUUUUUUUUUUUUUCUUUUUUCUUUUUUUUUGACACAGAGUCUCACUCCUUCACCCAGGCUGGAGUGCAGUAGCACGAUCUCGACUCACUGUAACCUCCACUUUCUGGGUUCAAGCAACCUCCACCUCCUGGGUUCAAGCAAUUCUUCCUCAGCCUCCCAAGUAGCUGGGAUUACAGAUGGAAAUGGAAUCCAGGGAUUCUUCUACCCAUGGAGCUGUGAGGGUGACAUAUGGGACCGGGAGAGCUGUGGGGGCCAGGCGGCCAUUGAUAGCCCCAACCUCUGCCUGCGCCUCCGGUGCUGCUACCGCGAUGGGGUCUGCUACCACCAGCGUCCAGACGAAAACAUGCGGAGGAAGCACAUGUGGGCGCUGGUCUGGAUGUGCAGCGGCCUUCUCCUCCUGAGCUGCAGCAUCUGCCUGUUCUGGUGGGCCAAGCGCCGGGACGUGCUGCAUAUGCCCGGUUUCCUGGCGGGUCCGUGUGACCUGUCCAAGUCCGUCUCGCUGCUCUCCAAGCACCGAGGGACCAAGAAGACGCCGUCCGUGGGCAGCGUGCCAGUCGCCCUGUCCAAAGAGUCCAAGGAUGCGGAGGGUGGCACCGAGGGGGAAGGGACGGAGGAGGGUGAGGAGACAGAGGGCGAGGAGGAGGAGGAUUAGGGGAGUCCCCGGGGGACUGCUCAAUACAGAUAUGGUGGACG